AUGGCAUAUGAGCACAGCCAUGAUAACGGCUCCGUUCCCGAUAAGUAUCGCCAGUAUAAGGCAAACACAGACCACGAUUUAUAUAUCCAGAUCAGUCACACAGUCGGACUCAUUGCUGAAUACGGGGCUUAUGUUGAAUAUGUAGUCGUAAUCAAAAAACGGUUGCUUUUCAUACGGGUGACAUGUCUGUCCUCAUCGGUACUGACACUGUCGGCCAUCUCAUGCGACCGUUUUGUGGCCAUUCUGUACCCAUUGAGAGCCCGGUUCACGAAACAACGGACAGCCCUUAUAAUAACCAUCAUUUGGAUUGUCUCGAUGUUUAUAUCGAUCCCAUUCUUCUUAUACCGAAAGCACCACAUCAUUGAAUGGCACGACUUCACCGAAAGCCGGUGUAUCGAGACGUGGCCGACACCCCGGUUCUGGGACUCCCAUAGAAAACAAUGCGUUACUUUGAAUACUUAUAAACAACUUUAUUAUUCAAUCGUCACAAUUAUGCUAUUCUUCAUACCGGUGCUCGUUAUGGUCACCGCCUAUUCUUUUGUCAUUAAAAGACUCUGGACUCGGGUCGUCCCGGGAGAGUGUCUACCAAAAGGUGGUCAACACUCCAGACAAAUAGCCGCCAAAAAGAAACUGCCUCAAUGGUUUUCAUGGCUCUCAUAUGUGUCUCAUUUCAUAGCGUAUGGCUCGUCGGCCAUAAACCCAAUCAUUUACGGCGGAUUCAAUCAAAACUUUAGGCACGCACUCAAUGCUAUACUCCGGUGUCGUUUUAGGGCUAUCCGGCGACCCAUUUGUAAGUCAUCAAUCAUUUGGUACUAA